AUGUACAUAACACGAAAUAUACUUCUGGUAUCUUUUAUUUGUAGCGAUGUCGGGGGCAAAACUCUGCACACGUGGGCAGGCAUUGAGGAUGGCAGACAUCUCAAUGAAGAAAUCACUCAUCUUGUCAAAACCGAUGAACGGUUUGAAAAAAUAAAAGGCAACAUUGAAAAGGUUGAUGUUCUUAUAAUUGACGAGGUGUCAAUGAUCAGUGCAAAAGUCCUUCAUCAAGUGCAGGUGCUGUGUAAAGAAGUAAGGAAUUCAAGUUUUAUAUUCGGAAACAUUCAAGUAAUUUUAGUUGGAGACUUUUAUCAACUACCACCCAUCUCAAAUCAACUGAAUGGAGAUAACGGGAAAUAUUGUUUUACACUACCUUGGUUUGACGACUAUUUCCAGCAUAAGAUCUGUUUACCUUUAAUACACCGUCAAACUGAUGUUAGUUUGAUCAAAUGUAUAAACGAGCUGGAAACAGGGGAGGUUUCGGAUGAAAGUGUGGGUUUUAUAAAUUCAUUGAAUAGGCCAAUUGAAAAUGAGGAAGCAGCAACACAGUUAUUUGCCAAGAACCUGGAUGUUGAUAUCUUCAAUUACAAGAAACUAAACACUCUAGAAGGAAAACUUAAAGUGUACAAGUCUAAAGAUGAAGGUUCUCACCACUAUCUGAAUAAGUUUUUAGCACCAAAAAACUUAGCACUCAAGGUCGGGUGUCCUGUUAUGCUUGUCAAAAAUUUAAGUGAUAAACUAGUAAACGGUCUUCGGGGAGUCGUAACAGCACUGGACACAUAUUCUGUAGAUGUAAAAUUUAUAUUACAUGACAAAGACAUUACAUCAAAUAUCAAAACUACUAAAUUUACAACAUUUGACCUUGUCGACAAAACUAUUUUAGCUAAACGCGUUCAAUUGCCACUGAAGGUGGCCUACGCUAUCACAGUUCACAAAUCUCAAGGAAUGAGUUUACAUAAUGUGGUUGUUAAUUGUGAAAACUGUUAUCAAGCUGGUCAAGUUGGUGUUGCUGUCGGCCGGGCUGUUUCAAUAACAGGACUCAGAGUUUUGAAUUUCAAGAAGUCUCUAUGUAAAAGCCAUUCUAUACAGGUAAAGGGUUUUUAUAAAAACAUUAACCUUGGACAUGUGGAUGCCAAUUUGACAUGUUGUAGAAAGGAGCAGUUGUCGGAGUCAAAUGAAGAAUAUGAUGAUACCUGUGGUGAUCCUCCUGUAGUCAACCCAGAUAUUGAUUCUGACUAUGAAUUUUUUUAUUUUUGUUUUAAUGAAAACGAAGAUGCCUUUAUAGAACAAGUGCAGACUGUGAGAUCAAAAGAGGCCUUAAGCAAUGUUAUGAAGGAGUUCAUUGAUACACCAAUGGAGACAAUCAUGUUAUCAUUUGAAGAAGAUAUCAGACACAAUUAUCAGAGUUUUGAUAACUGGUUCAAAAACCAGUAUUCAGUAAUUGAGGAUAUUGGAUUGAAUUGUUAUCCAGAAGAUGUUCACAAGUUCUCUCAAAAACACAGAAAUGAUUUUUUUCAAAACAUUUAA